AUGAUUAAGUUCAAAAUUGAACUAGGUCUACAGGCCUGCGACACCGAAGGCGGUUCCCUCCCGGCUCACGCGGAUCCCGGCCUCGUCAACACUGGGUGUGGCCUUGGCUUCUGCCAGCUGAGGGCGAGUGCUCGGAGUGAAAGAAAUGAUGUCUUAAGAGAAGCUGAAAUUUUACACAAAGCUAGAUUUAGUUACAUUCUUCCAAUUUUGGGAAUUUGCAAUGAGCCUGAAUUUUUGGGAAUAGUUACUGAAUACAUGCCAAAUGGAUCAUUAAAUGAACUCCUACAUAGGAAAACGGAAUAUCCGGAAGUCGCCUGGCCGCUGAGAUUCCGCAUCCUGCAUGAAAUCGCACUGGGCGUGAACUACCUACAUAAUAUGAACCCUCCUCUACUGCAUCAUGACCUGAAGACGCAGAAUAUCUUACUGGAUAAUGAAUUUCAUGUUAAGAUCGCAGAUUUUGGUUUAUCGAAGUGGCGCAUGAUGUCCCUGUCACAGUCGCGAAAUAGUAAGGCUGCCCCGGAAGGUGGGACCAUCAUCUACAUGCCGCCCGAGAACUACGAGCCGGGGCAGAAGGCGAGGGCCAGUGUCAAGCAUGACAUAUACAGCUAUGCAGUCAUCAUGUGGGAAGUCUUAUCCAGAAAACAGCCUUUUGAGGACGUCACCAACCCUUUGCAAAUUAUGUACAGUGUGUCACAAGGACACCGGCCCGACACCAGCGAAGAGAGCCUGCCACCCGGUACCCCCCAUCGAGCGCGGAUGGUCGCACUCAUCGAAGGCGGGUGGGCACAGAACCCGGAUGAACGGCCGUCCUUCCUCAAAUGUUUAAUAGAACUUGAGCCAGUCCUGAGAACAUAUGAAGAGAUAAGUUUUCUUGAAGCUGUUUUGCAACUAAAGAAAACAAAGGUGCAGAGCGCUCUGAGUGCUGUCCACAUAUGUGACAAGAAAUCGGAGGCAUCUCUGAACCUCUCUCUAAAUCACGGUCCACUGGAGGAAUCCUGUGGAUUUUCUCAGUGUCAUAAAAGUAGCGGUUCUCCUGGAGCUGCCAGAUCCCUGUGCGCUGCUCAGCACGAUGGCCUUGUGUCUGGAAAAACCCCGGACCUUUCCACCCUGCUUCCCCGCCCGGCCAAUCACAGCUGGGAUGACGUGUCUGCGGCUCAGACGGCCCUGAUGUGUGACCACGAGACCGCCCCUCGCUCUUUGGCAGUACAGACACCUCUCCACUCAGAGCGAUCACAGCCUGGGGUGGCCCAGCAAUGGAUCCAGAGCAAAAGGGAGGAUGUUGUGAGCCAGAUGACCGAGGCCUGCCUCAACCAGGCGCUGGACGCCCUGCUGUCCCGGGACCUGAUCAUGAAGGAGGACUACGAACUCAUCAGCACCAAACCCACGAGGACCGCCAAAGUCAGGCAGUUACUGGACACCACUGACAUCCAGGGAGAGGAAUUUGCCAGAGUCAUAGUGCAGAAGCUGAAGGACAACAAGCAGAUGGGCCUGCAGCCCUACCCGGAAAUACUGCCCACUUCUCGGUCGCCAUCAUUACUCUUAUUUCAAAAUAAAAGCUUAUAGGGGACUCUUUUUCAAGAAGAAAAGUCAGCUUAUUAAAAGGUAUUUUGUAUUCCUCUU